GAAAUUUGUUGGCGGGAACUCUUUCCAUUUUAUCUCAAAGACCUACUCAAUCAUUCGUUUCCCGCCUCUCUCUCAACCCAACUUUUACUCGUUUUCUCGAUCUCUGGAUCACGAUAAGAAGUAUUAGAAUAGUUGAUGUGUUUAUUUAAUUAAAUAUUUGCCGAUCUGAGUAAUGGAGAUUCUGCCGGCGAAUUCGGAGGUCGCGCUCCAACUCCGAACGAGUCAAAUCAGCACCACCACCGCAGCCGCCGCCUGGCAUGUUCUCGGUCUUUUGCUCAGCCAUGGGCGCCCUGCCCGGUUGUCCGAGCUGGUGUCGAGUAUUGAGUUCUUUUAUCCUACUCCGGAUUUUAUACGCUUCCUCUGCUCAAUCCCCGAUUCGCCUCUCCGAUUCACACAAAAUCACUUUGUCACAUUGUCGCAAAUAGGACUAGCUGCUGUCGCCCAAUUCUUUGCAAAUUCUGAUGUCACGAGAUACCUGGAUUUUCCCAAGGUUAUGCCGCGGUUUUUGGCAAAUGAUAGGUCCAAUGGUAUAGUGAGGACAUACUGUAGGAAAAGGAAGAGGGGGACCUCGGAGAUUGAGGACUUGACGCUAAAGAAAAAGAGUUAUUUCCAGGAUUUUGAUGAGGAGAAGACAAAUGAGAUGUUGAUGAGGAUGCAUGAUGGCUUUUGGGGUGUAUAUAAUCAAGGUAUUGAGACUCUCUCACCGCUCUUGGCAUAUGAUUGUCAGAGACUAGAGAAGAUUAUGUUUAAACCUGCCACGAUAACAAAGCACAGUUCUGGACAAUUAGGUUUUGAAACAGAGAAUGUUGGACAUGGAUAUACUAAGAUGGGAGUUAUAGUUUUAAACAAGGAAGAGCUUGGUUAUUUACAUCGGAAAAGAUCUAAAUCCGACUCUCUAUUUCGAGGCAGAUUUCCACAUAUAGACAAACAAAUGGUGGCAGAACAUCCUUUACAUUCUGUCCCACAUCCAGCUCUCUCACUUUAUCCUUGUGUGAUGGGUAACUCAGAAGGGAGCAGAAUCAGUGAUAUUGAUAUUGUAAAUAUUAAUGAUAUAAAUGUUUGUACCUCAUCUAAGUUAGAAGUAUAUGAACAGAUUGCUGUUUCACAAGUAGAGAAUGAUGUUGUUGAUCAAGUGUACGAGUCAUUAACUGAAGAUGUGAAUUGGAAGAGGAAGGAAGUUUCAAUACAUGAAUUUGGUAGAAGCAGAGGGCAUAAGGAAAAUCAGCAAAUGCACACCACAUAUACUGAUAGAUAUCACAUAGAUAACCCUGAGAAGACUCUGGAUAAAGCCAAUAAUGUGGCACUACUUCAUGUUGGACCAAGAACAGAUGAUCACCUGCAGAGCCAGGGACACAUGCCGAAUCACCUUCUGAAAUACUCCUCAAUGCCCAAACCUGACCAGAAGGAUGAACCAAAUGACAGGGAUAAGACACUUUGCUUGACCAUGAAGAGUAGCAACCACCUUCCUGAUGGAGGACCAGAGCAAUUUAAAGCAGAUAAGAAGCCGGACUUGGACAAGCAGAAAACAAAGUGCAACGGUGACCAGUACAUGAAUACUAAAGAAAAGAGGGCAGCAUCCACGGAGAUCAGGAAACGAGCUUCCUCCGUCUCCAAGAAUCACAAUGAGCAAAAACCUUUUCCUGACUUUGAAUCGUUUACAGUAGAAGAAGAAGAGGGUUCAGGAGGUUACGGUACAGUUUACCGGGCAAGAAGAAAAGCUGAUGGAGUCACAUUUGCCAUCAAAUGUCCUCAUGUCAAUGCCAAUAGAAACUAUGUCCACAAUGAGUUGAAAAUGCUGGAGCGACUGGGGGGCAAAAACUUUGUGAUAAAAUAUGAAGGUUCAUUUAAGAGUGGGCAUGCUGACUGUCUUGUUUUGGAGCAUGUUGAGCAUGACAGACCUGAGAUUUUGAAGAGAGAAAUAAACAUUAUUCAGUUACAAUGGUAUGGCUAUUGUCUUUUUAAAGCCCUUGCUGGUCUGCAUAAGCAGGAUAUUGUCCACAGAGAUGUUAAACCUGGCAAUUUUCUUUACUCCCGCAAGGUCAAUAAAGGUUACCUGAUUGAUUUCAAUCUUGCAUUCGAUAUGCGCAAAAAAUAUGGGACCGUUGAUAGUUCCAAAGCGGGGCAUAAUUUGAACUUUGAUCAAGCUCCUACUGCCCUGACCAAAUAUCUACCAUCUGCAAAAAGUAGGAAGUUAUCAAAUACAAGAUUUCCAGAAGCAGUCAAUAAAACUGCAGGAAAAGUCUCCAAGUCCCUAUUACCACCUGGGAACCUGAAAAAUAAGGUUGACAAAGCAAAGGUUUUAACUGACACUAGCAGUAGGAAUAUCAUCAAAAGCCAGGGUGCUGAUGUGUCUGGGGUAACUUCUGCCAAGGAUGCAACAAGCACUAGAACACCAUCCGCAGAAAGGUUGAGAGAACCCUUACCGAGCCAAGGUAGAAAGGAGCUGAUAAGCCUGGUGCAGGAAGCCCUGCAGGGUGGAAAUCAUGUAUCUGUAAAGGCUCCCAUGUCUAAGCGGAAAAGAGUUGCUGCACAUCCUGGAGAUACUGAUAGCAAAUUUUUGUAUCCAACUCCAAUGCCACUGCAUGCAAAUGGUAUUGCUAUUGGUGGUGCUGGAUUAGUGAAAAACAAAGGUGAUGGGAAGCACAGGCGAGAAGGUCCAUGUGUUGGAACUAAAGGCUUUAAAGCUCCAGAGGUGCUGUUCAGAUCUCUACACCAAGGCCCUAAGGCUGAUAUUUGGUCUGCUGGAGUGACCUUACUGUACCUGAUGAUUGGUCGCGCACCUUUCAUUGGCGACACUGAUCAGAACAUAAAAGAGAUUGCAACAUUGAGGGGCAGUGAAGAUUUGUGGGAAGUUGCCAAGCUACACAACCAUGAAUCAUUAUUCCCAACGGAACUACUUGAUGUAAAAUACUUGUCACCUGUUAAACUGCAAGACUGGUGUGCACGAAAUACACGAAGACCAGAUUUCGUCAAGAACAUACCUGCAUCACUAUUUGAUCUUGUGGAUAAGUGUUUAACGGUGAAUCCACGACAGAGAAUCAGUGCGGAGGAAGCUCUCAGGCAUCAAUUUUUCGCACCAUGCCAUGAGGCUCUGAGAAAGCAUAGGCCAGAAAGAGGGGUCAAUAGAGAAUCUGGGAGUAUUCAAUGAAGAGUCGCAGCUGUAUGAAGUAGUUUUAGCGACUUCACCAAACAUUUUUUUAUCAUAUUGCAGCUGUAAUGAUACAGAAAUAGGCAGUUUGUCCAUUCAAACCUACCUUCAAUACUGUUUCUCCUAUCUGUGUAAAGCAGUUUUGUACUAUUCCUUCUUGCUGUAUUUUAGGCAAUUAUUUGAUAUUUUCAAUUCUAA